AUGGGCUUCGGAUCCUCCGACGGCAAUGAGUUCUUCCAAAGCUGGGCCUUAUGGCAGAAGAUGACUUUCGUACUGGCCUGCGGAAUUGUACUCACCAUCUUCUUGGGCCUGCUCAAGCUAUGGUACGACAAGAACAAGGUCCGUAAGUACAGCAAAGUGGACAAAGGCAAACGCGCAGCCACUCCGGAAAUGCUCGAGGCGCAGCCAGUAACCCAGGUGACCGAGGAGACCAAGGAUGAGAUUCCAUUCGGCAUCCGCGCAAUCCAGAGCGGUAUUGAGGUCGACGGUGUCUGGAUCUCGCGUACCAACACUCCCGUUGGCAGUAGCCGUGCUUCCAUCGUCAGCGAAGCCCCUCCGUACGCUUCGCAGUCGCAACUCUCCCUGCCCCGGCCAGUCGCCCAAGGUUCCAGCCGCAACAGCUCGCGCGGUCCCAGUUCUUUCGACCGCGCCGUCUCCGCCGAGCCCGUCUCAACCCAGGACUCCCGAUCAUCUUCUCCUGCUCGUCCCCACAACCAUGAGGGCCCCCGCUGCAGCAACUGCAAUCACCACGUCUCCCGCAACAGCGCCCUCAACGCCCUGGAAAACCCCUACACUACCCGCAACUCUGGCGCUACUUCUCCUCCCCUCGGCCAACAUGGACAGUCUGCAAGCAACUCAAGCCGCCGCACCAGUGACGAGUCCGACUACAUGGCAGCGGGCCAAGACGUCCGCACCUACGAGUCCGCAUACUUCAGGCCCAACCAGCCCAUUGACCCCAAGACCGACCUCGAACUCCUCCGCAGCCAUCGCCUCUCCCACGUCGCCGAGACUGGACAGCUCACUCCUCGAGUGCGCAAGCCAGGUAAUAGCGGAGAGUGGGCCAGCGUGGCGGACAACCAAGUGUCCUCGGUCAAUGGUGUUAACUAUUUCAUGCCUCAGAAGUCACCUUCUCCUCCGCUAGCUACUGUCGCCGACCAAGCUGAAGAUGUUUCUGCCGGACCGAGUCACGAUGGCAACGCAGCGAACCAGGCAAGGCAAGCGGUUCCCCUGACCGAAUCAUAUGCGCCCAAUGCUCCCUACUACCCCGACACCUACGAACCCCGUGGCCCUCACCACCAGUACAGCUACGAUCAGGUACCGUACGAAGUCAACACCGAGCAGAACCAGGAUCGCGAUGACCACGUCCUGCGCUCCGUCAACUCUGGCUUCCAGGUCCUGAAGCCAGGCACCUUCCAGCCACCCACCCCUGAGGAGGUUGAGCUUGCCGAGCGGAGAACAUCGAAGAAACUCCAGAAGAAGAGGAGGACAUCCGGUGAUUCGCGGAAAUCAGCCUUUACCGAACAAGUCUAA